GCCUUCCAAAUGCAUCACGAGACACAGUUGUUAUACUUUGAUUGUUGUAUUGCCAGGAGUUGUCGAGCGAGAUUCAUACUUCCUGGUCAAGCGUUCAGGAAAAAGUGAUUUUCGAAGCUUUUGUAGUCGUCUGUUUCAUGUUCGCUAGCCUACAAGCGUCACGUCACAAACACUUGAGGGAUACGUUUUGGAAAAAGCAAACCAGUCACCGGAUUCAACUACUGUCAUCAUCGCAACUUGGACCAGAUAACGGCCGCCACUGCUAGCGAUUUCCUGUUCUCAACGUAGCUAGCUAGUUCGGUGAACGGUUUUGGGUGGUGAAAAACAUCGAACCGUGCAAAAUGACGGUGGCGGCUUCAAACUGGGGUUUGAUCACGAACGUGGUCAACAGCAUCGUUGGAGUGAGCGUGCUGACCAUGCCUUUCUGUUUCAAACAGUGUGGGAUAGUGCUGGGGACUCUGUUGCUGUUCUUCUGUUCGUGGAUGACCCACAAGUCAUGUAUGUUUCUGGUCUACACGGCCAGCAGCACCAAACGCAGGACCUAUGCUGGCCUAGCGUUCCAUGCCUAUGGUAAACCAGGAAAAACACUGGUGGAGACCAGUAUGAUAGGUCUGAUGUUGGGGACCUGUAUUGCCUUCUAUGUCGUCAUCGCUGACCUGGGCUCUAAUUUCUUUGCCCAGUUGUUGGGCCUACCGGUGACAUUUGGUUUCCGUGUGCUGCUGCUGAUGGCGGUGUCUCUGUUCAUCGUGCUGCCUCUCAGUCUGCUGAGGAACAUGAUGUCAUCUAUCCAGUCCUUCUCUGCCAUGGCCCUCAUGUUCUACACGUUCUUCAUGUUCACGAUAGUCAUGUCUUCUCUGCGUUACGGCCUGAUCUCAGGCUCCUGGUUCGAGCAUGUUCAUCUGUGGCGGGUCAGGGGCGUCAUACAGUGCCUGCCCAUUAUCGCCACCACCUUCUGCUGUCACCCGCAGGUGUUGCCUACCUACGACAGUCUGGACGAGCCCUCCAUCAAACGCAUGAGCACCAUCUUCACCACCUCCCUCAACGUCGUCACCACCUUCUACAUCACGGUGGGAUUCUUUGGCUACGUCAGUUUCACGGAGGACAUAGCCGGUAACGUUCUGAUGAACUUCCCUUCUAACCCGGUGACUAAGAUGAUCCGGGUGGGCUUCAUGAUGUCAGUGGCGGUGGGCUUUCCCAUGAUGAUACUGCCCUGUAGACAGGCAAUCAACACCAUGCUGUUCGAACAACAGCAGAAGGAUGGCACGUUUACUGCAGGGGGGUACAUGCCUCCAAUGCGCUUUAAGAUGAUCACCCUCGCCAUCGUCUUUGGAACCAUGCUGGGAGGCAUCCUCAUCCCCAAUGUGGAGACCAUCCUGGGUCUGACUGGAGCCACCAUGGGCUCCCUCAUCUGCUUCAUCUGCCCUGCCCUCAUCUACAGAAAGAUCCAGAAGAAUGGACUCACCGCACAGUUGGUGCUGUGGGUUGGGUUAGGCAUCUUGCUGGUCAGCACCUUCACCACGGUGUCAAUCUCAGCCAGUGACUCCACCCCCAAGCAUGCCCCUCCUCCCCCUGCAGCUGACAAGAGUGCCAUCUUGAGAGUCCUUCCUGACAUGGCUGAUUUAUUGAACGCAGUAGAGAAGCCGGUGGUAGCGAAACAGCCUGAGGUGAAGCCUGUGUUGGUGGAGAGGCAUAAGGCCCCUGCUGCUUUAGAGCCAGUCCGUCCAGUAGAGAGACAGCAGGAACAAGCCCCCCAGAUCAAAGGACCUGAACAAGGAGUUCCAGACAGGAAAGAGGAGGAGGAAGUGCAGCUGGACCGCCCUGAUGCAGGUGUGGCGGUACCUGACGGGGAGGCCCAUCGGCACGAGCCGCCCAUCCCCCAUGAUGAGGUCCAGAUAGAGAAGAGGAAGAAUGACGCAGAGCUGGAGGAGGAGAACCAACCUGCAGCGGGAGGAGAAGAGUCUGAGGGUCAGGGAGUGGCGGACCAGGAAGAGGUGAAGAAUAAAGAGGGAGGAGAGGAGGAGGAGAAACUUUCUUUGUUGGUGAAAAAGGAGGAAGUGGAAGUGGGAGGAGCUGAGGUGCAGUCCAAUGCGGUGCUGGAGAAGCCGGGGGCGGGGAAGAAACAGGAAGUCCCACCCCUAAAGCAAGUGGAGAAAAUUGCCCCAAUGAAAGAGGUGCUUGUUGGGAAGGAUGUGGUGGCUGAGCAGGCGCUGGUUGAUGCGGCCAAAGCCCCAGAGGUUGCUGGGAAACGUGAGCCGGUGGCCCCAGUUGCUGAAGCAGUGGUUCCCGUGGCAGCAGAGGGGGCUGCUGUUCCAGAAGUUAAGGAGAGAGGAGUGGAGGAUAAGAUGGAUGUGAUAAAAAAGCUGGUUGCAGAGGGUCAGUUGGACCAUGCUGCUUUGCUGCAGGUUAUAAAGGAGCAGCAGGAGCAGCAGAAGAGGCUGUUGGACCAGCAGGAGAAACUACUGGCUGUCAUACAGGAACAACACCAGGAGAUGCACCCCAGAAAGACCGAUGGAGCUCCAGAGGCCAAUGCAGAGAAGGGGGUCCAGGAGGAGGGGGGCGCAUCCAAACCCAAAGACCCAGCUCAAGGUGGUCCUGCCCUGGCCUCAGACACCAUGGAGCCUGGGGAGCCCGCUGGAGCGCCACAGGCCGGAGGGGCCGAGCCUCACAUCCAGCCCCACAAUGAGGUCCUCCCUGUGGAGAAGAGUGCAGAAGAGCAGGUCUUCAAAGUGGUUGCCUCUGUUAUCGCCAAACAAGAAGUACUUCUGGAGGUCCCUAAACGGCCCGUUUUGGCUGAGGCAGCAAUCGUGGCAGGGGCAGAGGUGGAGGCCCCUAAGGAGGGGGACCUUGGGGCUAGGGGAGUACCGCUGGGUCAGAAGGUGACAGAGGGGAUUAAGGUAGAACCAGCCCAGCCGCCACCUGCCAAAGGUGAGGACGGGGUAGUUAAAGGAGGGGUGGAGGUAGUGGACAAGGUGAAGGAGAGGAUAGAGAAAGCGAGACUGGAGGAAGUGAGGAUUGAUAGAGCGGUGCAGGGGAGGGUGGAGGAGGAACGGUUGGAUAGGGAGAGGAGGGAGAAACUGUUGAGAGAGCAGGAGAUCGAAAAAUCCAGAGUAGAGAAGGAGGGAAUAGAGAAUGAGAGGCUGGAAAAGGAGCGAGCAGAGAGGCAGAGAGCGGAGCGAGAGAGGAUCCAGUGAGAGAAGACAGAGAGAGAGGUGAUGGAGAGAGCGGAGAAGGAGAAAAAGGACCAGGAGCAGAAGGAGAAAUUGGCACAGCUGGAGAGCGCCAUCAAGGCCCGGGAGGAGCAGGCUUUGGCUGCAGCUGGGCCAGGACCUGUCGGGCCAGGACCUGUCAAACCAGGAUUAGGAGAAGGACUAGGGGCUGUGAAGAAGAGUGGACGGGACCUGAAGGAGAGGGCGACCGUCCAGUCAGACUCCAGCGAUGUUGUUGAAGAGAAGACCCACAAAGGCCAGGUCCAGGAGAAGGCCAGGGACCAAGGAGACAUGGACCUGAGAAGGAGGAGGAGAGCUCUGGGGGUAGGGGAGGCUGGGGGUUCCAGGAGGGGUGUGCCGGGGCUGGAGCCCUUCUUGGACAUGAGGGGGUGGGAUCUCCAUGCAGCCCUGGAGGCACCGCUACUCGGGGCACAGGUACACACACGCCAGAUAAAACAGACCUCUGAGCUUGAGAGAGACGAGUAACUGGGAGUGGGUAACGGUAUACACUCACAUGAAUACGGUAUAACAUACACUCACGGACAGUUGGGUUGGACUGUGCAAGUCCUUUUUAUUUACACAAACACUCGCAUAGAGUUGGUUGGAAUGUGCACACCCUAUUCUCUCUCUCUCACACACACACACACACACACGUACAGUUGGUCAUUAUACACGCGUUCAUACUAUUCACAACACACAUUCUUUCACUCCCACACACAGUCAUGUACCAUGGAUCACACUCUGCCUUACCACCUGUCUUCAUAAUACCUGACCAGUACAGGAGGAUUGUGAGUGUGUGAGGUGCAUUGAUUGUUAUAGGGAACAUUCUGGCUGCGUUUACACAGGUGACCCAAUUCUGAGCUUUUUACCAAUUAUUGGCAAAAGAUCUGAUUGGUCAAAAUACCAUUUAUUGGCUGAAGAUAGAUCAGCAUUGGGCUGCCUGUGUGUCUUCAUUUGACCCUAGUCUGUGUUCUUCUACCAAAUAGGAAUGUUUUUUUUUUUAGCAUGCUCCUUCCAUGAUUCCAGAAGACAUUGCAGAUAUAGUGAUGAUAAAGAUAUUGUAGCAAUGAUCAAAUAUAUUGUAGACUAUUCUAUAAUAAUAUGCUGUAUUAUGCUGCCAUAAAUCUAUUUAAAAUAUAUUUGUAUGUAAAUAUUAACUUAUUUUAGUUUUUUUUUAUUAAGAAGCUCAAUGCUCUACUGUAAUAUAUGUUAAGCUAUGCAAUACCACAUGCCAAGUUUCCUUCUGUCCUGUGUGUGUGAGAGAGCAAUGCACCACCUAUCCGGCUUUCCAAUGGCUGCGUUUCACUUUAAAUCCCUUGAUACUUCUA